GUGCGCUACGGAAGCCGAGAGGGACGCAGAACAGGGCGGUUGCAGCAGCAACAGUAGCAGCGAUGGCUGCGGACGGCGAGCGCUCCCCGCUACUACCAGCCGAGCCCGGGGAUGGGGGCGGCCUCGGCGCUGGAGGGCUGGUGGGGCCCGCAGGGCUGGUCUCGGCCUCCGCCUCGAACCCGCCGGGGAAGCCGAACCCGCCUCAGGGGUUUCCUUCCUUCAGUGGGGUCAACGAUGGGGGCCAGGCAGCUGUGCUUCCCGGAGAGGACCCCCCACCCUACUCGCCUAUGGCAUCUCCAGAGAGCGGCAGUGCUCCCAUGAUCACUUGCCGGGUUUGCCAGAGCCCCAUCAAUGUUGAGGGCAAGAUGCAUCAGCAUGUCGUGAAAUGCAGCGUCUGCAACGAGGCCACGCCUAUCAAAAAUGCCCCGCCUGGUAAGAAGUAUGUGAGAUGCCCCUGCAACUGCCUCCUGAUCUGCAAAGUGACAUCGCAGCGCAUUGCCUGUCCUCGGAUAUACUGUAAAAGGAUCAUUAACCUGGGCCCAGUGCAUCCAGGGCCUCUGAGUCCUGAGCCACAGCCUGUCGGCGUGCGCGUCAACUGCGGACAUUGCAAAAACAACUUCCUGUGGACAGAGUUCACGGACCGCACAUUAGCACGAUGUCCUCACUGCCGUAAAGUAUCCUCCAUCGGGCGACGUUAUCCCCGGAAGAGAUGCUUUUGCUGCUUCCUGCUAGGCGUGUUGAUGGCUGUGACAGCAACAGGACUUGCGUUUGGUACGUGGAAGCAAGCCAGGAUAUACGGCGGGAUCUACGCCUCUUGGGCCCUGGUUAUUCUCCUGGCCUUGGUGUGCCUUGGUCGAGCCACAUACUGGGCCUGCAUGAGGGUCAGCCACCCUGUCCAGAACUUCUCCUGAGCCUUUUCCUCCGUUUCCAGCUCCUGCUGCUGCUCCGAGCACAUCAUCUACCGAGAGCCAGCCCUGUCCGUCCUCAUUUAUUCCCCCCCCUCCUUCCGCUUUGGGGCUGGGACCUUCCGGGGCCACCCUCCUGCUGUGCCAGCACCCCAUUUUUCAGUCAUCUCAGCAGCUGCUACAACCCUUACCCAGGAGUCUCUUUCCUGGUCGUUCACCCUGGAUCUGGUGGUGCCAAAAAGGGACGAUCUGACCUGAAGAACUUUCUUAACCUGCGGAAAUCUGGGAGGAGGGGGGCUACCCCAGUGCCAGCAGAGUUCUCCGGGGGCAACAGAACACUAAAUGGGACCAACGUCAAGAGGGGCUUAUGUGCGAUUAGACAUUGUGGGUUCCAAGAAACUGGCAUAAAUUCCUGAGUGCCUCCCGUGUGUGGGAGACAUCAGAGCUAUGGUGACUGCGCUGGGACAUAUGAGCAACAGGGGCCGGAGUGGUCGGGUGAUUAGAUUGAAGCGGUCCAAUCCCAGUUGCGAUGGGCUCAACCACUUCGAGAUUUUUAAAAAAUUACAGUGACUCGGCUGGGACAUUUUUGGCAGAGCGGUACGUUUUAAGGAUCCGUUGGCUGCUCUUUGAGCUGCUUGUGAAACACUUCCCAGGCUGGAAGGAGCUACAGGACAUCAGUACUGCAUCCUUUUUCUUUGCUCCCUGACUUUGGGGCAGAGAGUGUCGAGGCACCUUGCACAUUCCUUAAAUGGUGAGCCUGUGACGAGAGGCGUGGAAGGCGACCAGAUCCUCGGCUGCUGGCUUCCCGUGGCACUUGGGAGAACUCAGUUACUUAAUGGCCAGUACAUUGCACCUUGGCGUGGGUGCUCCAGACUCCUUCCAGGCCCUCCUUCUCCCCAGACCCUCCUGUCCCUUAAUACCGCCUGGCGUUUGGCUAAAUGCCCCCUACCCAGCCAACAGCCCUCUAUUCUGUGACCAGCGGCAAUCCCAAGAUCUGGAAGGCUCAUGCUGACAGAAUCUCUGGUACUACAUUUUGACACUUUUUUU